GUCGUUUAAGCUAAUUCGUUACAGCAGCUACCUGAGUUUAUAAAAUGAGUUUGUAAACAUUUUGGUCAAGUACGGAACCCGCUAAACGAGAGUGCGAGGUUUCACAGGUACUUCAAACCAAUAACSUACCUCAUAGACGAAAUUACUAAAGAAACCAACAAAGAAGUGGAGUCCUUUUGCAUCUGAYUUUGUWAGUGGGGUUCGUCGAUUAUCCAAAAUGGAAUCGACACUAUUAAUUGUCCUUGGGCUAAUAUUUACAGUUAUUGCUACUCCAGUCGUGCGAGAAAAAAGACAAUACACCCAUUCUUCYUAUGCCUCAGCGCUGACAUGUAAUCCUACCACACACAGAAAUGGAUAUGGAUAUCCCUGUGUACCACCGCAGUCCAUGUGUCUAAAGCGCCGUAGUGCGGUUGGACAGGAAUGGGCCAAGCCUGUAUGUAACCCUGAUGGUUCAUUCAGGCAGUACCAGUGCGAUGCGUAUUCCAGAGCAAGGUGUUGGUGUGUCUCUGAUGAUGGCAUGAUGAUUCCAGGUUCAGCGAAAGAUCUAGGAGACCCUAACCAAGAAUAUAAGAAUUUACAGUGCGAUACAAAGAAAGGAAAUACUCCCAAACAAGCUGACAACCCAGUACCCGCACAAACUCCCUACCAAGAUAAACGAGUUGCCUGGAACCCAGCCUACAAUAAUCCCGCUUUGCURAAUCAGUACUAUCAGUACUAUGGAUAUCCUCAGUCUGUUAGUACUGCAGGCUCUUAUUAUCCUAAUCAACAAGCGGUAGGUUACGGUGCGGCUGAUGAUGACGAUGAUAAUGAUGACAAGAAAGGCAGCGAUAAACCAAAGAAGGACGAAACAAUCGACAAGAAAAGUACACAAAGCGACGACGCAAAGGAAGAAGAUAUAAAURAUGAUACACAAAAUGAAAACAACGAAGACGAAAAAGAAAGCAACGAUGACAAGAAAGAAGCACACGUUGAACAAAAAACUGCGACCAAAGUAGAAAGUAAAGGCAAGAAGGAAAGCAAUGAUGUGAAGAAGCAAACAAGUGAUGUUGAAAAAGAUGUCAUCGAGCAGCAAAAUAAAAAUGAAAAACAGGCCAAAACAAAACCAGCCGUCACUAAAGAGCGAAGUAAAGAUGACGAAAACGAAAAGACCAGCGGUGAACAGAAGAAGACAGUAGCUGUCGAACAGAAAGAUGUCACCAAUGAAAGCAAAGACGAUGGACAAGAAGAGGACAAAGAAGGUAUACAGGACGAUAUCGGAAGUGAUGACUUACAAGAAACCAACGACGACGCGAAAGACGACAUAAAAGAUUUUAAAAAGGAGACAAAAAAAGAUAAAAAUGAAGAAACUAAAGACAACACAACUAAACAGAACAAUGCUGCGAAUAAAAAAACAACAAACGAUGCCAAAACAACUCACAACACACAAGAAAAGAAACUUAAAUUAACUAAAAAAGCUGAGAGAAAAGAUCUCUCUGCAGACAAGCGCCAAGUUGUGGAACCAUUAAAAUUGAUUCACGAGGACACAGAUACAGAAGAAGAAGAAGAUGAUGACGAUGAUGAUGAAGAUGACGAUAACUCACAGAAUAUCAAAGAAGGAAGUGGCAAUCCACAGAAAACCAAACAAGAAACUCCUAAAACUGUCGCUAAGAAAAACGACGAGACCUCGGAGAACGAAGAUGAAGUCGACUUUGAAGGCGAUGAUCCUGAUGAUAGAUAAAGUCUCCAUUAAGGCCCGUUUACACUUACGAUUUUUGCAGCGCGAUAAUCGCCACUUUGCUAUAGCGCAACUGAAAUCGUACGUGUAAACAAACAGCCCUGCGAUUGUUGCGAYGAUGCAAAAUCCCCUYCAAGUUGCAGCCAAUUCUCAAGCAUGUUCGAAACUCAGGCGAUGGUCGCGCGACAAUCGUCCUUAGAAUCGCGCUUAAAAAAUCGCAAGAGUAAACGGGCAUUUAGUGUUGUUUGUGUGUUACGAUUAGUCAGYGAAGUUUCGUAUUAAAAUGACCUAUGAUCAAAG